AUCAACUCCCCUCGUUCCCCAUCGCCUCCUUCCCUCCUCAUCAGUUAUUUGUUAGCGCUCCUUGCCAAUGGCUCGCUCCACUGCUUCGAUGGCAGUCGUAUGCAUAUUGUCCUUCCUCCUUGUUUCCGGCGUUUUCCGCGAGGCGAGCGGGGCCAUCAGUUGCGGCCAGGUGUUCUCAUCCGUGGGAUCGUGCGUCAGCUAUAUUCGAGGCCUUGGCCCGCUCACCGGAGGAUGUUGCGGUGGGGUGAAGAAACUGAACGGACUGGCGAGCACCACCCCUGACCGUCAGGCGGCAUGUUCUUGCCUCAAGAGUCUUGCCGGCCGUAUUCCUAAUCUGAAACCUGCCCUUGCUGCUGGACUUCCUGGAAAAUGCGGCGUCAGUGUUCCAUAUCCCAUCAGCACCUCCACCGACUGCUCCAAGGUGCACUGAGCUCCUUGGACGGGCUGCAAAUUACUGUUUUCGUUUGAGCUACAGAAUAAAGUGGUCGCUGGGUCUAGUGAGGGUUGUUAAUAUGUUGAUGUUGGGCGUUUCUGUCUUAUUUUAAUUUAUGUUCCUGUUUUGUAAUAAGGCUACACCCUUAGAUGUGGUGAGGUUGGUAUUACUGCUAUAAUAUCAUUGCUGUUUCUACUUAUAUAAUAUACAACAUAUUAUAAUUAUAUGU